AUUUGGUAGCCAAUCAGCGAUCAUUGUUCAUCGACGGCAUAAAAGUUAUUCAGCAGUGAACGGCACAGGUUGUGUCCUACCGUACAGUUAUGGGCGAGGACUGUUUGUUUGCAUUUCCGGAGUUGAAAGAUCGUUUGACCAAGAUUGCCAGGGAAGAGCUGAAUGAAGAUGAUUUCGUGCGUCGGCAAUCUUUGGAGCAGAUGCGGGUUUGGAUUGGACAGAAUCAGCGGAUCAAGAACUGUCGAACCGACGACCGGUUCCUGCUGCGGUUUCUGCGCAUCAAAAAAUUUUCAGUAGUUCGAGCUUGCGAGAUGUUGGAACGAUAUCUUACGAUGAGGCAAACUUAUUCGAAGUGGUGUCAGAGGUUGGAUCCUCUGGAUAAAGAACUACAGGAGGUGCUCAGUUACGCCGCACUGCUGCCAGUGGGACGGGAUAGCGACGGUCGUGUGAUCGUUUUCGGUAUCGUUCGAAAUUUCGACGCCCAGAAGCACAAUUCCGAUAUGAUGAUUCGCUUGAAUAUGCUCGUCUCGGAGGCCCUGUUCGACGAGGAAGCCAAUCAGAUUGCCGGCUUUACGCACGUGUUUGAUAACAGUGACAUGAGUAUGGCGCAUGUGACUUGCUGGACGAUGGAUAACCUGACCGGCUAUCUGCGUAGCGUCACUAACAGUGUUCCGAUACGACUCAAACAGAAUCAUUUUGUCAACGUUCCGGGCUUUGCCGCCCAACUGAGCAAGUAUUGCAUGACAUUUGCUAGCGAAAAGCUCAAGUCACGAAUUUACUGUCAUCGCAAUUUGGACGAAUUGAAGCAAAAAAUUGACGCCAGCUUGCUGCCGAAGGAAUAUGGCGGUAAAACCCCACUAUCCGAGUUAAACGAGCGGUUCCGACAGUUUUUAUUGCAAAAACGAGAUAUGUUACUAGCGCUGGACGAAAUGCAGAUCCAAUUGGGCGAAACGGCAGAGACGGGUCGUGAAUGCACGGAUAUGGUGGCAGCCGGUGCUGUGGGGAGUUUCCGUAAGCUGCAGAUAGACUAAGAAUGAAGUAAACUAAGAAUGAAGUUUUGGCUGUGCGUAAUGGCGGGUCCAUAUAAAUAUAAAUUCGAUAUAGAGUCUUUAGUUUGUUGGUACAUUUGAUUUGGAAACCAUAUCAUGCUUUUCAUGGAAAUGAAUGAAUCUUGAAAAUUAUUUUCUAGGGAAUUCUGUUAUGGUGUGCAUGGAAUAGAGCGGUUUUCCAAAACGUUUAGGUCAGUUAUGGCUUAUAUAUAAUAACAGUACGACAUAUUUAUA